AAAUGACAAUAGCAGUUAAUAAACUGCAAUUGUUUCAUCUCUCUCAAUGGCGACGGCGCUAGGGCUUUAGCCCGACCAUGCGUUCGAGUCUUCAAGUAACGGUGGCUCUGGAGUCGUUCUGGGCGAUUGGAUCCAUUUCCUGGCGGUCUGAUGGGGGUUUUUUCUCUAGGUUUCGGUUGGUUUCAUUGGUUUCAAUGGUUAUGGAGGCCCCUCGGCGAUGGAUCAACUCAAUUUUGCUCUCAAUUUCUCUGGUAACGGGGCUUUUGAGAUCUUGGGUGGUGAAUAAGACUUCAAUCUGGUGGAUUGAUGGAAGAGGUUUGGUUAGGUUUCGAUUGGGUUCAUUGGCUUUAUUGGUCUUAGAGGUAUUUAGCAGAGGUAGCCGAUGUGGGUUUAUCUCAUACCAGAAUCGAAAGAAGACCUGCGAGGGGAAGGGUUUUCGAUUUGGUUGGGGCGUGCCUCGGAUCUUGUUUUUGAAGGAAGUUUGUGGUUUCAGGGGCUUUCGAUCUGCCAAGGGGUGGUCGGAUUGUGUGGUUCUUGUGGUGUUGAUGGUGGAUCUGGAUUCUUCAAAUCUAGAUCUGGUCUCGUGGUUCAGCGUCUCAGAUUUUGCUUGGGAGGAAAGAAGGAUUUCUUUUCAAAUUAGAUCGAUUCAAAAGGAUCUAUGGUCCUUCUCGGUGAAGCCAUUUCAGAAAUGGGGAGAUCACGUAAUCUAUUUGGGGCUUGAGGUUGAGGAGUUGAGGAUCGGUGGUCUGCAGCUUCCCGGUUGGGUUUUGUUGCUGUUGGAUUUGAAGAUUGUCGGUGGUAUGAAUGUGAUUGGAGCUGCAGAUCAGGUAUUGGAUCAAUUCAAGAAGCUUUUCCUAUCUGGUUCUAUGGGGGUUCGGAAGGUGUGGUUCGGUGGUUGUUGGAGCACUCACAGUCUUGGAGAUGGGCUAUGGGGCAGAGGUUUCCACAAGGAAACGGCUUGUGGGCUUCGAAUCUUUUCGGAUCUGAGAUGUUUUAUCAUCCGUUCUUGAUGUUUGAUCUCUUUAGGAGAUCUUCGGUGAGCUAUACGGUUUUUAAUAGUCAUAAUUUUUUGGAUAGGGAAAGAAAUAUCUCGGUGGAAAUCUCUGAUCAAAAGGGGAAGAAUUGUUCACGGUUGGAGAAAUUAAUUUCAGGUGGUUUUUCUUUGGAUGAAUAUGGGUCAAACGUUGAGGGUAUAUCAGAAGAGGCACAAAAAGGUGAUGCAGAUUACAAGUUGGGAGUGUAUAAACCAGAUUCACGGUCUGGUGGUUUCCAAAUCUGCUGGCCCGCCGGAGGGUAUGGGUCAUCAUCAAGGAGAAAGAUUUCCUCCAAAACGUUUAUCGGAUUGAUGCGUAAUUAUGGUUGGAAGGGUGAAUGGUGGGUGAGUUUUUUAAAAAUAAGUUCUUUACAAGAGCUUGAUUUCCAAUUUUUCUUCAGAUUCAAUGAUCUUUUCUCGGUAAAUCAGAGGUUAUGUUGUAAGGUUUUUAUUUUUGGCUAUUAUGUUGGAUUCAAUUCUCAGAUUAUAUAUGUGUGCUGUAUUAUCUGUGUUAUUGAAGUAAUAAUAAAAGGAAGGAAAAGUUCAAUUUCUGA